UUGUGUGUGGCCUCCACAGAUUUUGAAUUCAUCAUAUCAAUCGAGGAAGAUGGAGAGCGAGUUUUCUGAUGGGAAGAGGCGCAGAGAGGAGAAUCCCGAUGAAGCGUUUGCUUCUCCGGAACAGAGUAGUAAGAUGAAGAGGAGAAAGAAGAAAAACAAGGAAAAGGGUGCACAUUCAAUUGAACUGCCUCAGGUAUGUCAUAAACAUGAACUUCCACUUGCAAUUCCAAUAGUUUCGGAAAAGGAUAAAGUGUUAGAACAUCAAUCGAAUGAAACUAUUGCACAGCACCCUCAAGUACUCGCUGUGCCUGAUCCAACACCCCAGGAAAGGAAUAAUGUUCUUCUGCCCCUAGUGGCAGAUAAACUUCUAGAACCCCAGAUUAUGAUGGGAAAGAGAAAAGAAUCACGUGACGCUAAUGUAGAGCAUCCUGAACUACUCUCUGUACCUGCUCCAACACCCACACAAGAUACUCCCCAGAAACGGAAGUGGGAAAAGAAAAAGAAGAAUGUGCUCAAGCCCCAAGGGGCUGAACCAGAACCAGAACCAAAGGAACCCUAUAAUGCAGAGAACCAUCAGCUAUUCUCCCAAGUAGACCCAGAACUGAAGAAUAAUGAGGAAAAAGGAACAGAAGCAACUGAAGCUAAUGUAGAACACCCUGAACUCCUCUCUUUAUCCGAUCCAAUACCAGCAAAAGAUACUCCAAAGAAAAGGAAGUGGGAGAAGAAAAAGAAGAAUGUGCUCAAGCCCCAAGAGCCACAGGAACCCAUUAAUUUAGAGCACCCUCAACUAUGCUCCCCAGUAGACCAAGAACUUAAUAAUAAGAAGGAAAAAGGAGCAGAACCAACUGAAGCUAUUGUAGAGCACCCUCAAGUCUGCACUAAACCUGAAUCAGCAAUCCCUGUAGAUCCAGCAACCCGAAUACACCCAGAAAAGAAAGAAUCAAUUGAAACUGGCCCUAAACAUGAACCGGCAAUCCCAAAAAAAGGUGAAGAACCAACUGAAGCUAAUGUAGAGCACCCUGAACUCCUCUCUUUACCUGCUCCAACACCCCCAAAUGAUACUCCCCGGAAAAGGAAGUGGGAGAGGAAAAAGAAGAAUGUGCACAAGCCCCAACCACAGGAACCUGAUAAUGCAGAGCACCAUCAACUAUGCUGCGCAGUAGACCCAAAACUAGAGAAUGAGAAGGAAAAAGAAACAGAACCAACUGAAGCUAAUGUAGAGAACCCUGAACAAGUCUCUUUACCUAUCCCAACACCCCUAAGAGAUGCUCCCCAGAAAAGGAAGUGGGAGAAGAAAGAGAAGAAUGUGCUCAAGCCCCAAGAACCACAGGAACCCAAUAACCCAUUACGUUUGCAGAUCCAACCAGACCCAGCAAUCCCAAUAUGCCAUAAACCAGAAUCCCUGAUAGACCAAGUUAUCCCAAUAGACCAAACAAUCCCAGUAGACCCAGCAAUCCCAAUAGAUUCAGCACUCUUAGUAUGCCCUAAACCAGCACCACUAAUUGGUCAAACUAUCCCAGUAGAUCCCGCAAUCCCAAUAGACACUGAACAGAAGAUGAAGAGAAAGAAGAGGAGGAAGAGUGCGCUAGGUGGGGAAGAAAACAAUGUUCAGAAUACUGAACCGCCUGAAACUCCGUUUCAGACAUCUAUAUGCUGUAUUGCAGCACCCUCAAUAGACCCAACAAUCUCAAUGGACAAUCACCCUGCAAUCCUAGUAAACCCUUCAAUCCCAACAGACCCAGAACAGAAGAAGUCAAAGAAAAAGAGGAAGAAGAAAAGGAAGAGUGUGCUCAAAAGUGAAUGGGCAGAACCCAAUGAAUGCAAUGGCAAGCCACCUGAAAUCCCAGUUCAGAAAUCUAUAUGCCCUACAGCAGCACCCUCAAUAGACCAAAUGAUCCCAAUAGACCCAGUUCCCCCAAUAGACCCAGCAACCCUAAUAGACAAAGCAACCCCAAUAGAUCCAGAACAGAAGAAGAUGAUGAAGAAAAAGGGGAAGGAGAAAAGGAAAAGUGCACGAGGGUCAGAAUCUGACAAACACAAUGCUGAUCCAACUGCUGAAACCCCUGUUCAGAGAAUUAAAGGACUCACAGUCACUAAAGUGCCUUUAGAAUGGGUUGGUGAAAGUUCUAAGGGCAAAUGCAAUGCUGAGCCACGUGCUAAAACCCCUGUUCGGAGAACUGCAGGACUGACAGUCACUAAAGCUCCCUUUAAACAGCAUGAUGAAAGUUCUGUGAAAUGUCAGGCAUGCCGACAGCCUGGUCACAAAUUUCAACACUGCCCAAGGCUGAAAUGUCUCUCCAAGGAUGAGGAAGUUUGCUUCUUUUGUGGGGAAAUUGGGCACUCACUUGGAAAAUGCUCAGUGUCUCAAGCAGCAGGGGGAGGAAGGUUUGCUAAGUGCUUAUUCUGUUAUGCAUAUGGACACUUCAGCAAUAACUGCCCUCGAAAUGGCCAUGGAAUGGAUCCAAUGGUGGUUGCUGCAAAUGGAUGGGCCUAUCAACGAAACAUCAGUGGAAGCUGAAGGAAUAAGUCCAUUGCCGGGGUUACAAACAUGCAAGCUGGGAUGGUCUUGGGGAUGAUCUGGUGGUUAUGUAUCAUGUCUGGUAGGCAUGGUUUCCCAAUUUUGUAGGUUUAAAUUCACGUCUGUAUGUAACAGAA